AUGUCGACCGUCUCGGACCUCACCACUACGCUCUCCGGCGUCUCCCUCUCGCGCCGCUCGACCACCUUCACCCUCGUCUCCUCGGACGGCCAGCGCUUCGACGUCGACUCGGCGGUCCUUGCGUUUCACUCGAAGGUGUUUGCGGACAUGUUUGAGACGGUGGGCGAGUCGGAUGAGGCGGACAGAACGUGUGACUUGGCGGAGGACGGGGCGACGGUCAAGGCGUUCCUCGAGGCAUUGCUGGAAGGGAUCCCGCCGAGCACGCAGGAAGCGUGGCUCUCGGUCUUCAGCUUGAUGGACAAGUACGAGUGCAAGGCGCUGAAGACUCCGCUUCUUCUUGCGGAAUGGUCCCCGAUCUGCUCCGACUUGAUCUGGGCGUACGCGGUUGGCUGCCACCUCGGUUACACCGACCUCGCCUGGACAGCGCUGCGUCAGGUAUCCGAUUACACGGGCUUGCGAGGCUGGGGAGCAGUCUUCGACGCGCUUCCUCAAGAACCUCGAAACGUCUUUACCACCUACUUCCAGGAGCGUACAGAGAAGGCCCGGUCGAUUCUCCAGAACAUCAACUUCGGCAAGGUUUGCAGCUGCGCCCGUGACAAGGACGAGCGCGACUGCGACAAGGGCGUCUGGGAUACGGUGGUCCUGAGCGUUUGCAGCCGGCUUGACGGGGGCGAGGACGUGGUCGCGCGCGUGCGGGAGGAGAUCUGGUCGCGCGUUGGUCAGUGGGGUGACUGCCAUCGCUGCGGGAAGAAGCUGCACAAGAAGGUGGGUGAGCUGGCGGGCAGAUGGGAGCGCGCUCAGCAGCAGCUGGCGGACAAGACUUUCAGUCGCCUCUCAGCAGCCUUGAACAAGGCGUAG